AUGCUGCUGCAGCAGCACUACCAGCGGGUGCAGCAGCAGCAGCAGCAGCAGCAGCAGCUAUCAGUGGACUUCCCAUUCUGCCCUUUGCUGCCAGACCCUCUAGACCCGUCGAGAGACCCCUGCAGCAGCAGCAGCAGCAGCAGCAGCAGCACGGGAAGAAGCAGCAGCACAUGCAAAGUCGCGGCCCCGCCAAGUCUGCUGCUGGAAGCACGUGCACUAUCUGCGCAGCAGCAGCAGCAGCAGGAGCUCGACAGCAGAGCAGAUGCGCUGCUGCUGUUGGCCCAGGUUGAACAGCUGCAGCAACAGCAGCAGCAGCUGCAGCAGGCACAGGCACAGCAGCAUCUGCUGCUGCUGCAGUCGCAGGCGCAGCAGCUAGUGCAGCAGUUGCUGCAGCACGAGACUAAGCAGCAGCAAGACGCGCUGCUGCUGCAGCAGAUUGAAGCAGCAGCAACAGCCAGUGGGACUUGUGGGGAGUGGCUGCAGGAAACCCUUUCACUGUGCUGCUGCCAAGAUGCAGCUGCUGCAGACAUGCUGCUGCUGUUGGGGGCCCCGGACCCGCAGCAGCAGCAGCAGCAGCAGCAGCAGCUGCAGCAGCAGCACUUUUUCUACUCGCCUUGCGUGCAGCGUGUGCUGCAGCAACAGCAGCAGCAGCUGGAGCACCAGCACCAGCAGCAGAAGCCGUUUCUGCGUUUCUCAAUUAGAGAAGCUCCCCCGAAGUCUGCUGCUUCCGCAGCAGCAGCAGCAGCAGCAGCCGCUGCAGCAGCAGCAGUUGACACAGCAACAGCAGCCGCAGCAGCAGGAGCGCCAGGACCCCUGAAAGAACUGCAGCAGCUUCGUUCACUUGCAUGCGGCAAGCCUUUAUUGAGCAACGGCAGCAGCAGCAGCAACAGCAGCAGCAGCAGCAGCAGCAGCAGCAGCAGCAGCAGCAGCAGCGUGUGGUUCACAGCUUCACUAUGGCGGCUGCAUGCCUUAGGCAGACACCAGGAUUUGCUGCUGCUGCUGGAGAGGUACUCGCAGCAAUGUGCAGCAGACCCGCAGUUGCUGCUGCUGAAGGCGCAUACUCUGGUGCACGUGCAGAGGCACAGGGACGCCGCAGAGCUUCUGCUCUGUAACGCGACACGAACGGGCGUGGUGGUGCUUACCUGGCAGCAGCUGCUGCUCGCCAGGGUGUACAGACAGUGCAAGUUCACGCAGCUCUGCAUUGAGGCUUUUCGGAGCUGCUGCAGCAGCAGCAGCAGCAGCAGCGGCAGCGUGACAGCUGCUGCCUUUGCUGCAGCAACUGAGCUUGUGGGUACCUACCUCUUGUCUCCUGAGGAAGAGCUGAACAUUCUCACCGCUGUAAGCGGAUCACGGAAGGAUCUGCCCUACAGGUGGCUGCUGCUGCGUCGUGCCGAAUUGAGUCCCUGCAGCAGCAAUCUGCUGGCUGCUGCUGCUGCUGCUGCUGCUGCAGAGCUGAACAUUCUCACCGCUGUGGCUGCUGCUGCGUCGUGCCGAAUUGAGUCCCUGCAGCAGCAAUCUGCUGCCGCUUUAUCAAAAGAAUGUAAGCAGCAAAAGCAGCAGCAGCGCCAGCAGCAGCAGCAGCACCAGCAGCAGCAGCAGCACCAGCAGCAGCACCAGCACCAGCAGCGGCAGACCUCCUCGUGCAGCAGGUAUUGCAAGCAGCAGCACCAGGACCUGCAGCAGCAGCAGCAGCAGCAGCAGCAGCAGCAGCAAAGGCUUUUGGCCUUCAAUGUGAGGAGUGUUGCGCGGCGCGCGCUGGUUGCUGGGAGGCCUGAGGACGCGCUGGGCAUUUGCAACCUCCUUCUUAACGGAGACCCGUUUGACCCGGAGGCGAUUCGCAUCGCAUGCAAUGCAACCCUCUCUGCGCCCCACUCAGUAGAGGGACUGCAGCAGCAGCUGCUGCUGCUCGCGCAGGCUGAAGGUAGAAGGAGCUGCAGCCAAAUUGCUGCCUUGGAGUGCUUGGUGCACGGGACAAUAGACUUCAUAUUUGGGGAGUUUAGUGCUGCAGCUAAGUCUACUUCUCGGGAGAUUCGAGAGGGCAGCGAGUCUUUGGAGCUGCUGCUGCUGUAUGCUGCAGCAGCAGAAAGAGAGUUGGAGCAGCUGCAAGUACAGGGAGGGAAUCCUGCUGUUACAACCCUAGAGCUGCUGUAUCCGUGCUGCAGCGACGUUUUGCUGCUAGCUGCUCGGGCCUACAUGGAAGAGAGACGCAAAAGCAGCUCUGAGCUGCAGCAGCGGGAGUCCGGAGCAGCUGCUGCAAUGUACAUACACCGGGCUUUGGAGCUACGUCCGGGCUGCCCGCUGCUGCUAAACGAAUUGGGGGCAGUGGCGGCGGAAGCAAAAGACUUCAAGGGCGCGUUGCAUUGGCUGGAGAGGGCGGUGUCUGCUGCUGCUGCUGCUGCUGCUGCUGCACCCGGCGACUGCCCAGAGCUGCCGCAUUACUUGAGCAACCUGGCAGUCUGCCGGCUGCGGGCGGGCUGCCAGGAAGCUGCUGCUGCUGCUGCUGCUGCUGCGCUGCAAGCAGCAACAAAGCUUGCGCUGCUCGCGGCCUGCCCUGUGGAGCCCGUCGGCGCUGCAGCUGCCUACGAUUCGCUGUACGAGCUGCAGCAGCUGCGCUGCAGCAGCAGCAGCAGCAGCAGCAGCAGCAGGAUGGGGUGUGCUGCUGACUCUGCUGCAUCUGCUGCCACCGGCAGCAGCCUGCGGCGCUGCUUUGCUGCUGCAGAUGCUGCUGUGCUGCUUGCUGCUGCAACAGCCUAUACUGUCUUAGGCGCAGUAAAUCUGCAGAGUGGCAGAAGCGAAGCUGCAGUUACUCCCUUCGCCAACGCAGCAAGCCUGACUCAGGCGUAUGAGUCUCGGAUUAGCAGCCGCAGCAGGAAUGGGCUGCGUCGAUUUCAAGCGGCAGCAGCAGCAGCAGCAGCAGCAACUGAAACACCGACGCAGCAGCAAAGCUUGCGGGUGCGCCUGCUGGAACGCCUCCACACGCUGUCGAUGGAGGCAGCAGCAGCAGCAGCAGAGCCAGCAGCAGCAGCAGCAAUAGCAGCAGCAGAAAGCAAGAUCAUCCUGGGUGGCCCCCUCACAAGGCCUCCUCCUCGGGCGUGGCUAGAGCAGCAGCAACGGCCGCUGCUGCUGCGGCAGCUGCUGGAGCAGCAGCAGCAGCAGCAGCAGUCAGAGCAGCAGGCCCAAGAACUCGAGCAGCAGUUGCUGCAGCGCCAGAGGCAUCUGCAGCAAAGGCUGCAGCAACUCAGUGAAGAGGAGACAACUGAGUGGCUAGCGCUGGUGCAGCUGCAGCAGCAGCAGGCGAGAGACAAACUAGCUGUGCUGGCAGCAGCGCUAAGCAGCAGCAGCAGCAGCAGCAGCAGCAGCAGCAUACAAAGCAGAGCAGACGAAUUUAGCAGUCAUUGA